AUUUUUGACAUUUAUUUUGACGUUUGUUUUAUUUGUGUUUUGUUUUAUUUACGUUCCACAUUUGAUUUUUUAAGUUUAUUAAUUUCUAAUAUUUGAAUAUGAAAAUAGAGCAAUAAUGGAACCCAAACAUUACAGAUUAAAAUGGAACAAUUUUCAAAAGAACCUUUUAAACGAGUUUGAAAGUAUGCAGAGCAGUGAAGAGCUCGCAGAUGUAACGUUAACGUGCGAAGGUAUUAAUUUGAAGGCUCACAAGUUUAUUUUGUCGGCUUGCAGUCCCUAUUUUCGAACAGUAUUUAAGGAAAAUCCCUGUCCCCAUCCAAUUGUUAUCCUCAAAGACAUAUUCUACGUGGACCUCAUAGCCAUCAUAAAUUACAUGUAUCAUGGUGAAGUGAUGGUCUCUGAAGAUAACUUGUCCACCUUCUUGGAAACAGCUGUUAUUUUGCAAGUAUCCGGUCUGGCAACCACAAAAAAAUUUCCAACAAUAAAAAACAAACACAGAAAGGAAAAAGCGCAACACUUUAACCCCAUGGACCAAUCAAAACGAAUAAAAAAAUCCGAUCCUCCAAUCAGGAUGGCUGGGGAUGCUUUUAGUUUAUCUAAGGAUUCUGAUGUCGAAAUCAAAUUGGAAAAGACUGAUAAUUUGCUUUUGCAAUCUUCUGAAGAGACCAUGCUUGAUAAUUCUAAUGAUAAUGGGAAUAUGGAGAAAGUUGAGAAAAAUGAUCCACCUGCUUCAAUACUUGAAGCUGCAUUGGAGUUCAGGGACAAGCCCAGCGGGAGCAUUUUGGAAAGAUCCCUUAUGUCCAAUCAAACAGACAAAAUCCCUACAUUUCCCGUAAGCCAGGAGAUAUUUAUACCGCGUAAGCCGCCAGAGAUGGAUCACGAGAUGCACCUGCUCCAAUCAGAAUCGUCCGAAUCUUCGAGCCCGUCCGCCUGCGAAAACCCGCGCGCCUCCGUCUCGAUGAUCAAGAUCGAGAACGAAGACCUGUGCGAGAUGAUCGAGAUCGACUCGGAUUACCAUUUAAACGCCGGCAAAACGGCGGACGCGCCUGCGCACCACAGCUCGCAGUGCGGCACUUGUCCGCACUGCGGAAAGGACUUUUCCAACCAGUCCGCGCUCAAGUACCACGUACGAUUGAUGCACUCAGAUCUGACCAACAUGUUCUGCUGCCAUCUUUGCCCCGAAUCCUUCGAUUAUCGGGAGGGCUACAAAAAACACAUGGCCGACGUCCAUUUCAUGAGAAACUAACUCCUUUUUGGACCAAUUUGGCAACGCUCAAAUUUUGUUACAUUUCCGGAAUUUCUUAAAACCUCUCCCUAAAGAGCGUAAAUAUUGCUCUGAAUCUGAAAACGGACCAUUAAGUGACCGUGAAAGCAUUGAUUUUUAAUUGGAAAAAAGGGUUUUUUGUUGAUGUAAAAUUAAAUCAGUUUAACAUUUGUUAAUUUAAUUUAAAAAAUGCGAAUAUUUUUUAUCUUUAUAACAUACUUUAUGUAUGAACACAAAGGGGAAAAAACAAUUAUUUUAUAUUUCUUAAAAAAUUUUAUUCCUGAUAAAAGUUUAUGCCUGAUUUGAAACCCCCACAAUAUGCAACACAUUUUUAUUGUCUAU